CAUUUUGUGACCAUUUUGGUUCAUCUUGUGCUGCCCAAGGUGGAUCCACUGAGAAGAUCCUUUUAAUAAAUCCCUACUUUAUUCUUUAAUUCUGCCCAGCCUCUUCUCAAGGCAUCACCCGCUAGAACAAUUUUAAAUACCCUUGUUCCCCUGGUGUUCCCCGCAGCGCUCUGAAGGUGGCAGUGCACAACACAUUUCUCACAUUUCUGUGCUUCACAAGAUUUGGGUGUUUGGGUUAAUGCAGUCACUGCAUAUCUGUAUUUUCCCAGAUGACUCUGGCAGUUUUCCUUUACAAUUUUUCCUUAUGGAUAUAAUAGCAUUUUGUCUUUACAGUCUUACACACUGUGGGCUAUCUAGUUAUUUCAGUUGACUUUUUCCUAGUUUGCUUUUUUAAUUCUACCUUUAUUCUAAUUCAUUUGGAAGCAAACCACUUGGAACUCAUAUAAGUCCUCUAUCUUUUUUUUUUUUUAAAUGUUUCAACUUUCCAGGAAAAAUGUUUCCAGAGCCCUGAAUGAAUUAAACAAAUGACACAUCAUGUUCCAUAAAAGGAACAAACUGCCUCAGUUGCUGAUAGGGAACUGCUGAUUUGUUUAUUAAAAGCUGAUGCUUUAAAAGUAAGAGGAGAUAGCUGGGGCUUUAGGAAUGAUAAAAAAUUGGAUUUCCUCUCUGUUGCUGCAGGUGGCCUGGCACGACUCAGUGUUUUUGCAUUUGCUUGCAGAAACUGUUGUACAUUGCAGCACAUUUCCAGCACGUUGUGGAAAAUGCGUAUUUUGUGAUUGGCUUUUUGCAAAUAUUAAAAUGAAUGUUAUAUGUGUGAUGUUAGAAAGUUUUGCUGUGUUAAUUUUCUUGAGUAGUGUGUUAAAUAUAAUUUGAGGUUAUAACAUAAUAUUAAAAUAGAAACUGUGCUAUGUAAGAUAAUUUUUUUAAAGAGAGGAAUGAGGGACUCGCACCAGCAGCCAAAGGACACCUGAAUAUUUCAGAGACAAAGAAUUUAUUGCUCCAUUAUCGAAGAAACAAACUUCUUCUUGCCUGACUCAGCCCUGAAGACACCGUCAGGAUUCAGAGGAAGAAGUUGACAGUGACCAGACAGAAUCCUGUGUUUGAAUGGAAUUUAUGCAUCAUGGAUGAGCCAUGGGUAUCCUUUCUGUUCUUGCUCUGCCGUUGCUGCUCUUGGGGAUCAGUGGAAUUAUUUACAUUUACCAGUCAGUCAGGUGGCUGCUGUCCAAGUCAGCCGUGCAGAACAAGGUGGUGGUGAUCACAGAUGCCAUCUCUGGGCUGGGCAAGGAAUGCUCUCGUGUGUUUCAUGCAGGAGGAGCAAGGCUUGUGUUGUGUGGCAGGACAUGGGAAAAGUUAGAAGCCUUGUAUGAUGCCUUAAUUAGCGUGACAGACCCCAGCACGACAUAUGCACCAAAGCUGAUUCUUCUGGAUAUCACAGACAUCAGCUGCAUUAGAGAUGUAGCUAAGGAGAUCCUGAACUGCUAUGGCUGUGUGGAUGUACUGAUCAACAAUGCAAGCAUGAAGGUGAAGGGAGCAGUGCAGAGCAUUUCACUGGAACUUGAUAAAAAGAUAAUGGAUGCCAACUAUUUUGGACCUAUAACAUUAACCAAAGCCAUUCUUCCCAACAUGAUCUCAAGAAGAACUGGCCAAAUUGUUCUAAUUAAUAGCAUCCAAGGGAAAAUAGGAAUUCCAUUUCGUGCAGCUUAUGCUGCUUCCAAGCAUGCUGCUGUAGGCUUUUUUGAUUGUCUUAGAGCUGAAAUGGAGGAAUUUGAUAUUUCUGUCAGCACUGUGAAUCCAACCUUCAUCUGUUCCUACCAUCGCCAGCCAGCACCAGGCAACUGGGAGGCCUCUAUUUGGAAAUUCUUUUUCAGGAAGGUGUCCUAUGGUGUGCACCCCGUGGAGGUGGCAGAGGAGGUCCUUGCCACGGUGAGCAGGAAGAAGCAGGAGGUGCUCAUGGCCAACCCCAUCCCCAGAGCAGCAGUUUACAUCAGAACAUUCUUCCCUGAGCUGUUCUUUGCCAUUGUUGCCUCAGGGAUUAGAGAAAAGCUGAAGACAGAAGAGGAAAAUUGAUUUUGUUCAAUUAUCUCCUUGCUUUUUGACCUGAAAAAAAAAGAUUUUUGUUUUGAAUAUCAGUGACUUGUGCUGCUUGCUAUGAGUAGAAUAAUUCCACUAUCAUUGAUACACACAAUCAUCUAUAAAUUUAGGAACUUCAGAUGAAGCAGAACACCAUUGAAGGGUCAGCUGCACUAGCUCCUAAAUUUAAAUUUAAUUAUCUACCAAUUGGUUUUAGGGAUUAUGACAAUGUGCCAUUGGAACCAAACUGCUCUUGCUGCUACAAGUCCCACUGCUCACAUAACUUCCAGCACCAGCUCACUUCCAUUCAUGAUACAAUCACCAAGCAUGACAGAAUUCUGAGGGCAAAGGAAUAUCUGUCAUCUUGCAGGGACACAAACCUUUGGCUGUAGCUCUAAUUGAAUUGCUCUGGCUUCAGGAAACCUGGCUCAGGGAGGUUUCACCUCUGGGAUGGAGGGCUCAGUGCCUGCAGCACUGCUGGACUCCAUCUAUUUUCUGAUGUAGCCCUGGGGUUUUAUUGUAGUGUGAGUGGCCAUGCCUUCACUGGGAGGUCAAACAAUCUUUUGUUCACAAUUUUCUUGGUCCUCAGCAGAACUCUGCUCCUUCAAACCAGUAGGCAUUUGCUGUGAUCUCAGUUCUGUUUGUUUCUAUACCUCAGCAACAGCCAAGUCCUCCACAUUUCCAUAAGAGCAAGAUGCAGGAUAAGCAUAAUUUCACCAGAAGAGGAUCAGGCACCACAGGACAUCCCAGUUAAACAUGGAUCCACAUUGUUUGUGGCUGCCCCAUCCCUGGAAGUGUCCAAGGCCAGGUUGGAUGGGCUCGGAGCAACUUGGGGUAGUGGAAGUUGUCCCUGCCAUGGGUGAAAUGACACAGAUCUCUUGGAGGUCCCUUCCAACCCAAACCGUUCUGUGAUUUCUAUGAUUUCUAUUAUUGUCCUUCUUUGUUGUAAAAAGAAGUGGAUUACAUGUUAAAAUAAGCUGAAUAAUCCUUCUGCUCCAUUUUGCACAUUGUAGAGAUCAGCAGAAAUCCUUCACACAAUUUCACUUCCAAACUGUGAGCAGUUCAAGGAGCCACAGCAGAAGGCAGUGAAAGAGGUGAAAUAACACCAGUGCCCCAUCAGAAAGUUUUAAAAACCAGAUGUAUUUUUACCUAGAAAGUUGUAUCUGAAUGAUUUUCAAAUUCCUGAAGCGUUCUGCGGAGAAGGCAGGGCUGAGCUGUUCUCCAUGUCUGCUGGAGUGGGACAAUGUGCUAAAAUUACUGCCAAGGAGAUUUACAGGGACAGCAUUUUCUGCUAAGAAUAGUUAAGCACAAAGGAUAAAUUGCCACAGAAAUUUUCAAAUGCCUGUCUUCAGAAGCUUUAAAGAAGAGAUUAAUGAAACAUCUGUAAAAAAGCAAUGUAGCUUUAGUUUAUCCUGCCUAAAAGAAAAGAAGGAUUAGAUGACCUUUUAAAUGGGUCACACUUUUCUCUAAUUCAGUGGCUUUUUCUCAUCUUGAAGAUGAGGUUUCUCCAUUGGUAUUUCAGACAAAAUAUUUUUUUUUUCCCUCUGGGGAAAUCUAUUAUUUAAUCUGAAGUUUUCUAUUUCAUUUGUUGAUCUCUGUUUCGCUGUCUCACCUGUGGAUAUAUGUUGCACAUAAAAAUAUUAUGAUAAGAAAAAGAUAUAUUAAGACAAGUUCAGGAUAACAGGAAUUGCAUCCCAGAGGUGCCUAUUUCUCUCAUUAGCUUCCAGUGGUAACCAGGACUGCUGAAGAUCUGUGUCUGAAAUUUACUGAGAUGCCAUAUUCAUCAAAAUUGAUUGGAUCUAAUGAAUCAGAAUAAACAUGCUGCUGGUGCUUUU